CGCAUCCCAACUGUGUUGUUUGUACUUUCCCAAACACACACACACACACGGAGAGAGAGAGAGAGAGAGAGAGAGAGAGAGAGAGAGAGAGAAUGCGAUGACGCGGAGUGAAAGCGUGGAGGAUUCGAAGGAGGAGGGAAGGUUAGGACGAACGGAGUACAUCUACUACAGCAGUCUGCAAAGGCCGACGGAAGAUUCGUAUUCGAGGGGGCUGAAGCGCAAGGCCAGCUGGCCAUCUCCCAUAACUCAGGAGUCUGCAUUGUCUGUCCGACCGCUAUGGUUGAUGGUUUCCAAGUCGGAGCGGUACUUGCUUUUGGAGGACAACGACACAGGAGACGUCCUUCUUCCGUUGAUUUACAUGAAGAGUGUUUUCGAAGCUAAUUACAGCCGAAAGCUUUCCAGCUUGAAGAACAGGCUUGUCACCUUGCCAGAGAACUGCAACUACUGCAACUCCGAAGAUCGUCAAGGAUUUCUCUACUGGCAAUGGGCUUUUGAAAGCCCUCAUGAAGUGAAAGUACUGGUUCGCAAAAUGCUGGGCGAAGAGAAUACUCCUCAAGGUCACCUGCGCCUUGUCUUGUUGCCCAUCGUGUUCAAUGCCAUGUCACAAAAAGCCAAGCUGCGCCAGACACCAUUGUUCCAUGAGAUGUAUAAAGCUGUGCGAUCCUCAUCCUACUGGCCGCUGCUGAAGCAACCGCCGCCUGAUGAGUACCCUGGCUACAGCGGCAACAAAGGGUUGGUGUCUCAGCAACUGACAUCUUGCGGAGGGGAUGCCCGCCUUUCGGGUUGUUCCAAUGGGCCCAAUGGGGCCAUGAGCUUGUCGUCCGCUGGGGGGGGACCACUGAGCAAAGCAGGCGGAGUGGGGUCUGAGGGACUGACAGGUGGCAUGGCAGCAGCGGGGCUUGUGCCCAGAGGGCCCCGAUUUGAUGGGAAUGGUACUGGGGGGCUAGCAAAUGGGACCCCUGGAGGGAGGCCUAUGGAUGGGCCCGCCUUCAACAGCCUCCUCUGCUCUCCCACCAGUCCUUCCGGGUCCGAUGACAACGUUCCAGAUAUUGACAAUAUGCCUCACCGACAUGGCACCCCACCCCUCCCCUACUCUGCCUACUCUUUCACUGGUCUACAAGCAGCAGGAGGAGGAGGAGGAGCAGGAGGAGGGGAGAACACCUCCCUCUCUCCCUCGUCCUAUCUCUCCCCGAAGACUCUGCAAGCUGGCAACGGCUUCGCCUGCAGCAGACUUCAUGGUGAUGUCAACAGGAAAGCCAAUGGAGCAUCUACGGUGGGAGCAGGGGGAGGAGUCAUGGGACUGGCCAAUGGUACUAGUGCCGGCGGUAGUUACAACACGGCGGGUGCUGCGACCGGUAGUCUGCACCGCGAGAUUCGAAGAGCAUCGUCUGGGGCAGACUUGAUGGGUAAUGGAUGUAGGAACGGGAAAGACGGAGCGGACUUGCGCCUGCCGUUGGCAGGGGUACGUGGGGGAGGGGGAGGGGGAGGAGGGGUCAGCGAUACGCUGGAGUUGGGGAUGAACUCUGAGCACAGCGAAUCGAAUGGGGUAAACAGUGAGUCAAGGGGGGAUUCGGAAUCAACUGGGAAGAGGGAGAGAGAGAGCGAGGCCACGUGCUGGUCCCCAUGUCAUCCACCGUUGUUCACCGGCCCUCGAGACAUUCAAAGGACAAUCAACAAGUACUGUCUGACCUACGAGGCUGCAGAAGAGACCGACAUCAGUGCAAGGCGAAACCGUGGAAUCUCAUUUGUGGGAAGGCCGAGUGCUGAGGAGGUGGAAGACGCAGUGGAGCUUCUGCGGCAGCAGGGAGAAGAGCUGAAUUCGGAGGUAAAGCGGCUCAGGGUAGAGUGUGAAAGCCACAUGACGCUGAUUUAUUCGGAGCUCUACAAUCUGAAGCGAUGGCUAGUAGAAGUUUUCACCAGCUUGGUUCCGAAUUCCAGCAUGAACUUGGACACCUUAGCUUCAGCAAGCCUGUUUCCGCCAACGAGCUCUGUUACUCAGCGAGAAGAUGACACCUCUGGAGGCAGAGGAACAAUGGGGGGAGGAGGAGGAGGUGGAGGAGGUGGGGUUGGUGUAAGCGGAGGGGGGGGAGGACCAGGUGCCGUGGGGUCCAGCUUGCGGUCACCCAGCCCGUGCACUGUGAGAGGUGGUAAUGAUGUCUCCCCGGCCCUUCCCCUUGCAUCUCCUAUUCCUAGUGGCAUCGCCGUAUCUAGCUGCUUAUCCAGACUCUCGCAGGAUGCAACAACAGCAGGUCGAGCAGCGGGCCCUAGCUCACCCAUAGGAAUGGGAGGGGGAGGGGGAGGAGGUGGGGGCCAAUCCAGCCCCUCCUGUUACAGAGGGAGUCCAAUUGGAGCCCUAGCGUUGACAAGCAAUCCUAGCGGAAGAGGGGGAGGAGGUGGAGGGAGGGGUGGUAGUGGAGGUGGCAGUGGAGGGAGUGGUGGGGGUGGCUCAGGAAGCACCCAGCAUGGCGGCAGCGGUGGAAGUGCUAGAGGGGGGGGUUCUACCAUUCUCACAACUGUGCAUUCCAGUCAAUCGGUCACUUCUCCAAGUGGAAUGGUGGAUGACCAUGGAGGCGCAGAGGUCAAGCGGGCAACCCUGGCCCUAGAUCCCUCGGCUGGACCUGGUUCUUUCUGGGGCGGACAUGGACUUAGUGCAUCGACAUCAGCCCCUCCAACCUCUCCCUGUUCCCUUUUCGGAACCAUCAACGAUGGACAACACUGUAGCAGCAGUCACUGGCACGUCGGAUGCCUCACAGGCGGUGCAGGCGCUGAUGAGAACGUGAUUCAAACGCAGCAAUUUCUACCCCAGGGUCCAUUGCAAUCUCCCACUCAGGCAGACCGAGAGGAGAUAGAUCGAUGGGUAGAGCGGUGUAUGGACGUCGUACAAGAGCAGCAGGAGGAGGAAGAGGAGGAAGAGGAGGAAGAGGAGGAAGAGGAGGAAGAGGAGGAAGAGGAGGAAGAGGAGAGGGAAGUUGAGGAGAAAAAAGAGGAGGAUGAGAAGAAGGAAGAGGAAGAGGAAGAGGAGGAGUGCCGAAGCCGGCGAGGAAGCCGUGAUGAUGAUGAUGAUGAUGAUGAUGAUGAUGGUGAUAGUGAUAUGAUGGUUGUCGACACGUUUCCUGCCUUUUCGUACUUGCCACUUGGUCAGAUCAUGACGAUGGCCCUGUUCCUUCCUUUGGGUUUUGCAGCAUGUACGAUGUUGACAAUGUCUUUCCAGAGUGCAGGACCUGGUAGCUUUUCACCUUUUUCUAGCUAUAAUUAUGAUGAUGAGAAGAGGUCCACGGCUUCAAGCUCUCUUCCACCGGCCUUGCUUUGCAUUACCGCUGCGCUCAGCCGCAACGAACAGCGGAAGAGUCAGUGACAUCCACGCAAGAGUUAGAUGAUAGGCUCGGCACUGUCGCCACGACUCGCCAGUGACGGAGGUCAGGAGAGGAUGGACAGAUGUUGUAACUUGUAUUAAGUAAACAGGAGGAAAACGUAAUAAGCAGAGGAUGGGAAUUGAGAUGGCGAGAGAACUGAAGGAGGCUCAGGAGGAGAGAGAGAGACUGUGGGUAAAGAAGGAAAACUUAAGGAGAUUACAUGCCCUUCACCAAAUGGCUCUCAACGGGACAGACUACUUCAGUAGUAUCAGUACCAAACAGCGCCAUAGAUGAUACUAUGUGCAGAGUUCCACUACUGAGCAGUACAAGUGAAGCAGCAUCUUGUGACUGGAGCCGAGGGGCUGAGGGACUGAGGGACCGAGGGACCGAGGGACUGGGGGACCGAGGGUCGGGGACUUUGAGUCAGGCAAUGGUUUCUCAGGAUCAGCACUCAAAUUUUGGAGAAUGGCGGUGAACAACAAUAGUUGAAGUAGAGUGAGAGGAGGGUUGAGAGGGAGGGAAGGAAUGGGAGAAGAGGAGUAGAGAAAGGAUAGACCGGACUAAGGAACAAGGUGGGUUCUGGGAUUGAUGUGCGAGUCUCUCAGGAUCAAACACUCAGCUGCAUGGAGUAUGAUUGGAAGAGGAAGGGUGAAUGGGAAGUGAGCGAGGGGAGAAGGGGAGCAAUGAGCAGGGAGGAGAGGAGGCAGAGGAGGGAGAGGAUCAGAGAGGAGGGAGGGAAGGCAGGGAUGGGAAUGUCUAAUUAUGGUGGAUUGAACUGUGAGGGUAAAGCUUGAUCGGGUUAUGGGUGGAAGACAAGGAAAGAUAGAUUUAUGAUGGUCAACCAGUGAAAUUCAAGUUGAUGCUUAUUACUCAUGUACGUACUACUGAGUUUCCCAGGUUGAGGCAAGCCGGCAGAAGACUUUAGUGGCAGCCUGUUGUGACUCCGAGUCUGCUGGCGUACUAGCAGAUCAGACUGAAUGCCAGGCCACCAGUGAUCUCGACGACACAGAAGACAGACGGGCUGAGUCGGAUGGCACACACACAGCGAAGCAGCACAUGCAAGACAAGGUGUUUACUAUUUAGUAUGUGCAGUUAAGUGGAACAAGACGAGACGACUAAGAUGGCUUGGUUGGGUCACAUUUCGUCAAGAAUUGGGAAAGGCAAAAUAUCGAAUGCCGUUUGUUCAGCCCGGGUGGCAUUGUUCAUGGCGGCAUACCAAUCAGAAUGUUGAUUCCGUGAGAGAGAGAGAGAGAGAGAGAGAGAGAGAGAGAGAGAGAGAGAGAGAGAGAGAGAGAGUUCCUGCUUCUGAUAUAUCAGACUGAGUCUGCAAAGCAGUUGAGAAGCAUGCUGUCUAUCAGCAUAUUAAUAAUAUGAUAUUAUCCAAUAAUUGAAUAAUCACAAAUAAGGUUGAGACAAGUGGAGAGUCUUGACCCGAGUUUGAAGAGUAAAUAAAAAAAUAAAAAAAAUAAAAAAUAACACACUACAGUAACUGGGAUGUGUUUUGUGGAGUCCACACAAGGCAUUAAGUAUAUAAUAGUACAAUCCCUUAAGUUAGCCUUGUGAGUCUCUGUCCACUGUCCAGGGUUUGCAGGCAGGCAUUUUCUCAGCCUUUGCCUUUGAAUCCUUGAUCUUAAGUCUGAGCUGUAGCCUACUAGCCGGUAGGGUUCGACGUCGUUUUAUUAAACAGCAAAGCACGUCAUCGGGCUGCAGGCAGGUGUGGCGACAUUGCUGUGCUCCUGAUUCAUGGGAAUGCCCGGAUUCACCGCAAGGAUUACAUUUCUUAAAUAUACGGCGAACAAACAAUUUUGUACUUUCUGUCCAUGUACUGCAUUUCAUUCACUUGUCUCUGGUUUGGAGAGAGAGAGAGAGAGAGAGAGAGAGGGAGAGAGGGAGAGAGGGAGAGAUGGUGUGUGUACGAGUUAAAUUUUGCUCCUUGAAUUCUUUAGCUAUAAUGGUAGUGUUCUUCUUGAAUCGUGAGUUGAGCCACUUGGCUGAUUUACAUUCCAUGCUUGACCGAGGACUAUGUGGUGAAUCGUCCCCAUUGCAAGUGGUGCUUGUUAUGUGUACUAUGUCUGUUGCUUCUUCCUUCAUCAUCCUUCGGAUCAUCAAUCCAUAGCUGGAGUCGCUCCACGGAUAUACACACCUCGACAAGCAGUCGCAUCAUGUGAUCACAUCUGAAGAAUCAUCCCCACGUGGCGGAUCAGUGCGAGGUGGCAUGAAUCGACACUGCCACGUGGUGGAUGCAUGCAUGUCGUGUAUUCUUUCUGCUUGCUUCCGUCUGCAUGCAAAUGAUCUGGGAGAUGACAAAAGGAAUAGGGAGCCCGAUUCGGAGAGUUUAAACUGUGAAGCAAGCAAACCAGAAAUUAAGGAAGUGAGGGAGGUCCAUGUGGCCAUGUGCUGCAGAGAAGCGUGACCGGGACAUCACAUGGAAGGGCACUCUCGCACUUGAACCCAGUCUUGAUUAUGGCCCCGCAUUCAGUAAAAAGAAGAAGUUCUAGUGUGAGGUUCUAGUGUGAGUAUGCCCUCUAAGUGGUCAUGGGGAUUGUGUUGGUGAAGACUGAAAGGCCAGUGGGACAAUGGGACAUUGUCAAGUUCCAAGUCAAUGUCCCGAUUUCUCUGGGAGGGAAAGGAGCAAGCUCCGAGAGCUUAAGGAGAGAGCUUAGGCUCUUUUCUGUGAAACUGCACUGGCAAUGUGGCACCCGGGUUUGUGGACAUGGAUAUAAUGCAUAUGCGUACCUAACAUCUCUGAUUUCUGUGAGAUUACUGUGGAAGUACUAUCAGAUUCUGAAACCUACUCGCAUCCGAUCGUAAUGCACAGGCAUGUGAAUGGUUCUAGCUUCGAUAAUAUUGUUUCAGAAGGAAGUAUGCAUGGCAUCGCCAAGGAUAGCAUGGCAUCACAUUGCAUGGCAGGACAUGACACGAGUUGGCGAUCCGCUAAACAAAGCAUCUAGUUUCAA